AUGGAGGAUGGAACUUGUAUGCAGGCAGGACUGAAAACUCCCAAAAGGCAUGAACUAUUGAUUUCAAAUACAACCUUUAUGAAUUUUGACAUUCCCAAUUGCACUGCAAUCGCCACCUGUUCUAGUUGUUACCAAGGUCAAGGCGGAUUUGCUGUGAGGUCUGAACAAGUGCUACUUCUAAAUGCCCCAAAUUGGAUAUCGUUCCCAUUUCCUCAUUGUGCGAUUCUUAAAGAUCUAGAUGGCACAAUCACAGGGCAAAGGGGGAGCUUUCUCCUCCCUUCUGUGGAUACACUUCCAGAUUCCUGCUUGGCGAGUGUCAAUGCCAGUCAAGUUGCCAGUGGCAGUCUUUGCCAUGGAAAUGUUACUUUCCACCGUAUGUCUAUUGGCCUAAAGGCCCCGAUCUGUCCUUAUAAUUUAAAAGUGACUGAUAGUCGCAAUAAGACAACCAUGGUCAGUUAUGUCUCUGACACUCUGUCAAAUGCAAAUGGCUGGAUGGUUCUUCUUUUGGAUCAGGAGACUUAUAUUCUGUCAUUCGACAACCCUCUGCUGAGUGAAAACUUGCAGUAUACUGCUACGUUCAAUAAUUUCACAGCUGGGAAUUAUUUAUUGCUGGAACAUGAAGUCCGAUCAUCCCACAUCAAUGUUACAGUGACCUGUGGUACACAGAAAGGAUCGCCACUCUUGUCGUUACCUUCACAUAAGCACAAUAAAGGCUGUGACUGGUUUUUCAAUUGGGAAAGAAGGAAGUUAACUUAUUUAGUUACAGGUCAAGGCCCAAUCCAAGUGGCAUUCCAAGCAGAAGUCACACUCCCUUUACCAGUGCCCGAUCCAAUUCCUCCUCCUCCUCCACCACCUCUUCUGAGAUGGUCACUUUCUGAGUCUUGGGAUGGUGUGACAAAGGGCUGGGGUGGCUACAAUAAGAGCAUACCAUCAACUGGUCAAGACGUCAUCAUUUUGCCUGGCCGAAGCAUCUUUGUGGAUACAACCCUUCCUCGUGUCCGAGGCCUCUAUAUCCAGGGCACACUGGAAUUCCCAUCAAAUUCCAGCAAUGCACUUAGCGCAGCCUGUAUUGUGAUUGCUGGCGGUGAGCUGAGAGUGGGUACUUUGCAGCAUCCAUUAGAAAGAGGAAGAAAGGUGCAAAUUCUGCUUCGGGCAUCUGAGAGAGUUUAUUGUGAUCGAUUACAUGGUUUAAGUGCUGAUCCUGGAACCAUUGGUGUUUAUGGGAAGCUGCAGAUGCAUAGCGCUUAUACCCAGAACUCUUGGACAUACCUUGGAAGCAAUGCUGCCCCUGGCAAUGAAAGGAUUAUGGUACAAGACGAAUUGGAUUGGCAUUAUGGAGACAAUAUUGUCAUCAGUUCGUCUUCCUAUGAAGCUCAUCAGGCUGAAAUAGUCACUUUGGAAGAAGUCAACCAUCGUAGCCUUAGAAUCCGUGAACGUCUACUCCACAGACACACAGGACAAUCCCACAGAUUAGAAAAUGGACAAUGGAUUCCUCUGGCUGCAGAGAUUGGCCUUCUCACAAGAAAUAUACAAAUUAAAUCUGACCUGGAUUGUGCUGGGGGGAUCUUAGUGGGACACCAUGCCAGUGGAGCCCAGUAUGCAGGUAUCCUCCAGCUUUCUAAUGUUGAAAUUUUGGGCUUUGGAUCUUCACAGUCUCCAGCAGUUGGCAUCAGGAAUGCAUCCCAUGAAUCUUUCAUAAUCUCCUCCAGUGUUCACCAAAGCUGUGGAGCUGGCAUUCAGGCGCUUGCAAGCAGCGGACUCCUAUUACACGGCAACGUGGUAUUUGGAACCGUUGGUCACGGCAUACAUUUGGAAGGCCAAAAUCAUACCCUUACCAGGAAUCUUGUUAUUCUGAGCAAACAGCCGGGGCAAUCAGUACACUGGGUGACUGGCAUCAAAACGAAUGUUGCAGAGGGUACCCGCCUACAGAAUAAUGUUGUAGCCGGAUCAGAACGGAUAGCCUUUCAUAUCAAAGGGCAAGAAUGUUUCUUACCCGAGACACUUUGCACUGACAAUGUGGCUCAUUCAAGCCUUCACGGGAUACAUUUAUACAGAGGAGAUGGCUUUCCAAACUGCACCAAAAUCACAGGCUUUCUGUCCUACAAGAACUAUGACUAUGGGAUCAUGUUUCAUCUUAAAGGAAACAUAGUGGUAGAGAAAGUGAUACUAGUAGACAAUGUUGUGGGUCUCCUGCCAGUCCUUUACAGCCCACCUGCUGAUCUGCAGUCCCACCUGGAAAGGCAGUCCAUCAUACUACGAGACUCUGUCCUUGUGGCCACAAGCUCUUCCUUUGAUUGCAUCAAGGACAGAAUCCAACCUCUUGCAGCUGACUUGACAAGUACUGAUCGAGCUCCACGUAAUCCUUGGAGAGGUCGAGUUGGCAUACUGUGGCCUUCUUUCACCUCUGAUCAUAGCUGGUGGCCUGACAGCCCAUGGCAUAAGAUGAGAAAUUAUUCCGUAGUGCUGGGAAACAUGAUUUUACAAGAUGUCACCUUUGCUGGCUUUAGGAAAACCUGCUACAGUGACGACAGAGACAUCUGCAUCAUGACAAAUCCUGACAGUGCAGGCAUUCUGCAUCUGGUCACAUCCAAAAGGGCAAGCAUUUUCCAUGUCAGUGAAGAAAAUGUGUUCUACUUCCAUCCACUGCAAAAUAGAGAAAAUGAAUCAAAUGAAUCAUGUGUUGCUGUGAUCUGUGGGAGCUCAGGAAAAGCUCUUUUCAAAGAUUUGGAUGGAAGUGCCUUGAGACUGAAUCCACCUGUGUCUGUCUUCCCCAAAUCAGAGUUUGAAACAGAACAACCAUGUUUGGAUGCUGGCAUUUACAGAGAAGACAGAAAGUGCAUCUACAAACCGUCAUCAAAUGUGUAUUUCUGUAGAGAAACAUACUAUACAGUGGUAAUUUUAGAAAGUACAGAAACAGAUGCCAGUAACUGGAAGCCUUCUCCACCUGUGCUGGUGACCGACACCUUCAUUGAUACCUUCAGCGAAGCCACUUCACGGGGAUCCUGCUGUGCCACAGAGCAUUCACCAACAUUUUACUCAAUAUUGCCAUUGAGCAAGCUCUCAAAAAUUUGUUUUAAUGGUCCAGUGCCUUGGUCACUAAGACUCCACUUAAAUAGUGGUCACAACGCUACAAGGAUUCUCUUAGCUAUCUUUUACGAUCAGCCACGAAGCUUCCGUGUUUUUGUUAAAGGGAACUAUAUGCCACCAGUUUUGUCGUUCCCCAGACCUUCCUUGGCAAAUGCUGUGUCGGGAACCAAUUACUUCAGUUUUCAUGAGAAUCUUCUGUAUGUUGCCAUUCAUUGGGAUGAACCUAUUGAGAUACACACAUAUAAUUCUCUUCAUGUUGCUUUCACUAUAGCAGAGGCUGAGGCAGCGGUGAUUCAGAGACUGGCUAUUUUUUUACAGAUUGGGUGGGACCAAAUCAGAACAGUCCUCAACUCAUCUGGAAGUGAGAGCACCUUAAAUACCAUAGCAGACAAUGCUACAAAGAGGAAACACCAGUGCCCCCCUAUGAAUUCAUGUCUGUUCAUUCACCAUAGAGCUAGCCAACAGAAAACCCAAACAGGUUCAGCAGUUUUGGGGGGCUUGCUGCCACCCCAUUCGUUCACUGGUUUGAGAGUGCUGAUCCUCGAAAUAAGUGACCCAUUACAGUUCCGAAGGUCCAAGCUUGCCUCCUCAUUUUCAGGUGACAGAUUGACAAGUUUGGCCAAUACUCUUAUCAAUGCCCAACAGACUGGUGAACUUCAGCAUGCCCUCAAAAUAUCAGUUGAUACCCUAGUGGUGAUGGUUUCUGCCACCUCAGUUCCAGCAGAUGGAAGUUCUAGAAAUGGAAGCAGCCAGACUCCAGGAAGUUGCCUCUAUGUCAGGCCUUAUAACAUCUCUGUCCGGAUCCAGCCUGCUAAUGGGGUGACGGAAAGCCCUCUUCCCAGGCAACCACAGCUCAUCUUCCUGGAUAAGCAGGGUCGAAGAGUGGCCACAGUAGGCUUCCCCUCCAAACCGUGGGUUGUGACAGCCUUUCUGAAAGACAGUCCAGAGGCUGUGCUGAAAGGUGACACAAGGAUAAAGGUCCAAGAUGGAAAGGCUGCCUUUCAAAACCUGGUGGUCUCUGGUUCCUGCUCAGGUUGUUACCUCUUUUUCAAAGUGACUUCUCCUCCAGGUGCUAUAUUAUCUGUCAGAUCCAAUUCUUUUACUAUAUUCCCCAUUACUGUGACUGAAAAAUCAGCCAUAAUCUUCACUGCUGCACUGGGAUCGGCAGCCUCUCUGCUUGUUUUGGGAUCUGUUGUUAUCUGUUGGGCCAAGAAAACAAGAAGGAACAAAAACAGGAUCAGAAAACCUUUGAAGAAUAAGAAGCAUGCCCAUAUUCAGGCAAAUCAGCAGAUACUUCAUGGCCAACCGUGCUUCAUCCAGGAGGAGAAUAAACACAACAUUACUGCUAGGAGAGAAGACCUGAAGCUGCGUGAAGAACAUGAAGACACAGCAGAACCAUUAAGGAAGGGCCAUCAACAAGCAUUUAACAGCACAGCAGUGGGAGCAGUGAACAGGACCAAGCAAGGCCGUAGGUCCCACAGUGGAACAUCCACAUGGGGGUCUCUGGAACUUCAGCAGCUGAGCAUCAAGGAGCUUAAUGACUGGAAGGAUACCAAGCAACAUUUCACAGACUAUGCUCAGCAGAAGGAAACGAAGAAAGGGCAAUUCACAGAUAAAAGAUAUAAAAGACCCUCAGAGAAGCCUGCCUUGAGGUCAGGAGGGGAUGUGAGGGAGAAACAGCAAGUUGCAGUACCAUAACAAUAAACUAGUUCCUGGGAUAGGAUUCAUGAUAAAUAAUAUGGAAGUUAACAAAUAAAUGCGCUUUAAAAACUC